GUUGGUUUGGGGGGGGUCCGUGUUAUAUCAUCCACAGCGUGGUAGUGAGAUUCGCCCUAAGCGCGGUGUGGACGAAGAAGAGGAGGAGCUCGUAGCGUUCUCUCCAAUCUUCGCCUUUUUAUCUCUUCUUGCCCGCCCUCUGUGAGAGUUCUUCGGUUGGAAGGAAGAGGAUCUAAUCUCGAGUGGGAGCUCCCGCCGGGCGUUGGUUGUAUUCGGCAGAGCUGGGGGAUAAGAGGGAAUCCACGCUUUGAUACCUUCGUUCUCCUCUGGCGGUAGAUGAUCCUCCAGCCCAGCGCGCGCAUUCGCAUUCCAGUGGCGAUUUGGGCGGGAUUGGAGAUGGAGAGCGGCAGCGAUCGGUCGCCAGUGGAGGAGAAGAGUAAUGCGCGGGAUCAUCACCAUCCCCAGCACCAGCUAGGGAAGCUCCAGAUGCUGCCGGCAUUGCCAAGGAUUGUGCUGGUUGUGGAGUCGAUUGGAGAUUUCCAGGGAAGGCACGCCGGCGAUGGGGGCGAUUCCUCCUCUUCCCCUCGCUGCUCUUCCACGUCCACCUCCUCCAUCGGCGCCUCUGAUUUGGGCGAGAAUGUGGAUGAGAGCAAUGAGGUGGAAAGCCCCCUGCGCGAUUCGUCCUCGUCGGGGCCCCUGGAGCGCAUGGAGACGCUGGAAUCCUCGCUGCCGCUCAAGCGAGGAUUGUCGCAGUUCUUCGAUGGCAAGUCGAGAUCUUUCACAUCGCUCAAGGAGGUGGCGUCGGCAGCAUCGGCGACGCAGCUGCGCAAGCCCGAGUACCCAUUCAAGCGGCGGAAGAUGGUGAUGCACAGCCAGAUGCGCAGCCGCGCCAAAUCCUCCUCCAAUCUCCGCAAGAUGCUGGGCCGCGCCGGGGGCGAGGCGUGGUCGCCACCGAGAUUCGUCAGCGUCAGCUCCUUCCUACCCAGAUCUUUCUCGCUCUCCAACAUCGUCCACCAAAACGUUUAGGGUUCUUGGCGGGAUGGAGAAUACUCACACACACACACACACACACACACACAAAGCAAAUGCGCUGGUACUCUUUCAAACGUAGCGGUGGACGGCCUCAAUUUUGGAAACUUCUCUCUUUCAUCUCUUUCCUCUUCCUCUCUUCUUGUACAAAUACCAAAGCAUUUCAGCAUUUCCAUUCUCUCUUUCUUUGUUCUUGGAGAGUUCUUUGUGAUUGUCUCUUGGAGAGUUCUUUGUGAGAGUUCUUUGUGAUUAGGCUCUUGGUGAGUUCUUUUCGUAUCAUCUUAUCGACCAAAGCUCAUCGCUUGUCAUCGUUUCGCGAGCGUUCGCUGGGUGAAAAACUUGGUUUUGCGCGUUUUUUUUUUAUUCUCUGUUUUUCCGUAGAUUUCGAGCACCAAAUCCGAUCCUGCUGCCCCUCCCCGGAAGAACGAACUGUAGUAUAGCAGUAGCCAACAUCACGCAGAAUCCAGAGUGCCUUGGAGGGCCUACUCCUCCACAGCACACAAAUCACACCAUAAACACCGCUGCGCGGCUAUGCCUCGGGAGAACAAACUCGGCUCCUUUUCCCCGCUUCUUUUCUUUCUUUUUCUCGCUCUUCCUGGGUCGAUGAGAGGAGUCCCUGGAAAGAGAAGGAUGAUACAAAAAAAUACAAAUAAAGUAACGUAGAAAGGAAA